AUGGCGGUAUAUGAUAAUAGGUACAUUCAGUGUACUGUAAUAUGGAGAUAUCUUGAGGACUAUCUUGAAAAGCUAAAUGUAGUUAUAGAUAAACACUUAAAUCUGUACCCUAAUCUUAAACCAAAGAAAUUAAAGCUGACAUCUACCAAUCUCAAAGGAUCUCCUACAUUCAUCUGUAAUUUGACUGGCCUUGUAGUAUUAGAUUUGUCUCGAACUAAUCUAACAGAAAGUGUCCCUUCUUGUCUCUUCAAACUCAAAUAUCUCAAUGAAUUACAUUUAGCAAACAACAUGUUUUCCGGUAUUCUACCUCUUCCACCUCGGAAUCUUUCAGCUUUUGAUUUAUCAAAUAACCAAUUAACCGGUGAAAUCUCAAUAGAAACGGGGAAAAGACUAUCGAAUGCGAAGAUCAUCCUUCUAUACGGAGUAGUUCCAAAAGAGUUCGAAUUUGCAAAAGAUCUGCAGAUUCUUUUGCUAAAUGACAACCAUCUGGAGGGUACUAUCGAUUCCAUCAGCGGACUUCACAACUUGGAAUAUCUCAACUUAGCUAAUAACAACUUUGGAGGUAGUAUACCAACUGCUUUGGGUUCACUAGAGAAUCUUAAUGUCCUUUCUUUAAGGUCAAACAAGUUAUGUGGACCAAUCCCUGAGGAGAUUCUUCAUUUGCAGGAACUCUGCGUAUUAGAUUUAUCCCUGAACAAUCUCUCGAGCAAUAUUCCUACGAAAUUAGGAAACUUGAGUGGAUUAACAACAAAAAAUUCUUGUUAUUGGUUCUUCGAUGUUGAUGUUAUCCCAGAAAACAUCGGGGACUUGUCUGCUCUAGAGUCUUUGGACUUAAGUUCCAAUAGAUUGACCGGACAUAUCCCACAAUCUUUGACGACAAUUGAUACCCUUGGAGUUUUGUACGUUUCUUACAAUAAUUUGAGUGGCAAGAUUCCAAGAGGAACUCACUUUGAUACACUGAGUUUGGAUGGUUCCGCUUUCAAUGGGAACAAUUUAUUGUGUGGUUUCCCAACAGACAAAAUUUGCAAGGGGGAUCAUAAUACUAGUACCAGUGUUGGUAUUGUUGAUGAAGAUGAUCACGAUGAUGUAAAAGGUACGUUGUUGUUGUCUGCUUUUAUUUUCUUGGGAUUUGGAGUUGGCUUUUGGCUUUUCCGAGGAAAGAGAAAUGGUGGUUUCCAUAUUGGAGAUUUGUUAACCAUAUUGCUGCUAGAAUAG